UGGCUCGGGUUUCUCCUGUGAUGGACAGCCGCCGAGUCCAGUGUGUGCCUAUACAGGAUGAGGCUGAAGAAGACAGCGAGGAGAAGGAAGAAACAUCAACUAACUCUGAAGUAGACGUCGCAGAGGAUAUGACAAAAGAUGGCGUGGCUUCAGUGGAUGAAGUGGAAGAGGAAAGCGAGAGCAAUCCAGAUGAGACUGUAGAUGACAGUACAGAAAAUGGCAACAUUAUAUAUAUGGAUGAUACAGACAUGCAACAGGUACAUGAGGAGGAGAAUGACGACCUUGACCUUGUAAUGGAGGAUGUGGAAUAUCGAGCACAACCUGUCAAUAAAAGCCAACUGGACAAAAGGAGAUUCAUACAGCAAAGGACUGAAACUGAAGUAGUUCGUAAUCCCAAGUUCAUAGUGACGCUGGAUGGUGUGGACCAUGAUAAGUACGAGGUAGCUAUGGGCAGGUCUAAUGAGGAGAACGAGAUGGUUUUACAGGACAUAAUAGCACAACAGUCCGUUACCCAACAGUCUGCAGACAUGAUACAGCAGUCUAUGGACAUAGUACAACGGGUGACCCCUACUUUCUCCAACACCUACAAACCAAAGCGAGUCAAGCAUCCGCAGGUGAAUCUCAUUGAGAUGAAGAAGCCGAAUAUAUCCCCUCCAGCCAUAGGACCAAUCUCCAUCAACCUCCGGGACACAGAUGAUGAAGAAGAGAUGGAAGCUGAAGAUGACGAGGAUAGUCCCUUGAAGAAAGCCAAGAUGAUGGAAAAGUGUAGAUUCUGGCCAGCAUGUGUAAACGGAAAUGCAUGUUCCUAUCACCAUCCUACUGUCCCCUGCAAAAUGUUUCCACAGUGUAAAUUUGGAGAUAGGUGUUUGUUUAUCCAUCCCAACUGUAAGUUUGAUGCAAAGUGUACACGGAAAGACUGUCCUUAUACACAUGCCAGUAAACGGGGCACCAUAGCCACCACUGUUAUACAAAAGAUUGUGCCGGUAACUAUUCCUGCGCCUGGACCUGCUUCCAUCCGCCCAUCAUACAUGUCACCUACUUCUUCAUCAGUCACCUGUAAAUUCUAUCCAAACUGUAAAAACAUGUCUUGUCCAUUUCCUCAUCCUACACCAUGCAGGUUUGGUAUGUCCUGUAUGAAGAAGGGUCAAUGUACAUUCUAUCAUCCUGCACUUCCUACCAAAGAUAAACUGAAAUGGACAGCCGACAAGACAUCAGACGACUAUAUAAGUGAAAGAAACAAACCACUGUCUACAAAGAUUACUUAACCACUGCCGAGGAGGAGUGACUGAUGUUAACAUUGAGAAUGUUGAAACAAA